UGUCUGUCCACGCGUGUCCCUGGACACUCUGAGCCACACCAAGAGCAGAUCUGCGGAGUUGUCGCCACUUCUGUGCAAGCAGCCGGGCUUCCCUGAUGUUAUCUCAGAAAACGAAGAAGCUCAGCUGGGGCCCCAACUCCAUGGCCAAGGGCCUGAUGGCGCUGCAGAUGGUGGCCGGCCGGGAUGCCCAGGAGCCAGACUGGAGACUGCGCCAAGCCCAGCACUGCGUCAGGCUGCUCGAGCCUGUCCCCAGCAGCCCUGGGAAGCCUAAGCCUGCUGUGGAGCCGCCUGCAGAGGAGCCGGGGAAGGGGGUACUCCUGCGCCCCGGCUGCCCGCAGUUCAGCACCAGGGCCACAUCCACGUCCCACUUCGAUCCAGCUACCCCGGAGCACCUUCCCCGGGACCUGUGCAUCAGCUCGGAGAUCCGCAGGGCCGAGGACCUGCUCCUGGGCAGACGCGUCUCAGACAGCAGCCAGGACGGCCGCCUCCUCCCAGCCAGUAAGAGCCUGUGCGAGCUAAGGGGCUUGCACAGGACUCAGGAGUCACAGACCUGCAGUCCCAUCCCCAGUGGCUCAGUGGUUGCCGAGAGCCCCCCAACAAAGAGGGUGCCCUGGUACAUCUCGGUCAUUCACGAGAAGGACCACCGCCUGCUCCAGCUGGAGGAGGAGCUCCGGCGCCUGUCCGCACUGGAGACCCAGGUCCGGAAGAAGGACGAGGAGCUGCUGGCGCUGAAGCAGGAGAGGGAAUCCCUGAGCAAGCAGCUGAAGGGCCUUCUCCGGACCAAAGGGCGGCCCUCAGAAGCGACGCUGAAGCUGGGGCAGCUGAGCCUCAUGAAGGCGCCAGAGCGGGACCAGGAGCCACAGCUGCGCACUGAGACACAGGAGGAGUCCCAGGCCUUGCAGGCGGCCAAGGAGCCAGCGCUGGACAGCAUCCAGAAAGAAGAGGGCUUGGACGGGGAGCCUGAGGGCGGGAGAGAGAGGGAGCUAGCCCAGGAGAGAGGUGCUAUGCAGGAGGAAGACCGCAAGGAGGAAGAGGAGGAGGGGCAGGAGGAGGAGGAGCAGGAGCUGAUGGAGGAGGAGGAGGAGGUCUUCAGGCCCCCGGGCUACCCCCUGAUGGAGGCCUUCGAGGAGGAGCUCCUGGCGCAGCUGGAGGAGUACGAGCAGGCCAUCCUGGAGUUCCAGCACGAGCUGGAGCUCUCCAGGAACAGAUACUCGCUGACCACAGGAGCCAUCACCAGCCUGGAGCGGCAGCUGAACUUCCAGGACUUGGAGAUGCGCAGGAUGAACACAGAGAACGAGGCCCUGCAGAAGGAGCUGCGGGAGCGCAAGCAGCAGCUGCGAGCCAUGUCCGACAAGUUCUCCAGCCUCCGGGAAGACAAGAAGCACCAGGAGCUGACAGAUCUCACUGAGAGAGAUAACCUCCUGCUCCGACAGCAAAUGUCAGAGCUGGACAGCGAGCUCACCAGGCGGGGUCUUGUCAUCACCAAACUGGAGGCCAAGGUCAGUGAGCUGCAGGAACAGGUGGACCUGGAUCACAAUCACCUACAGAGGCAGAAGCGGCUGUGGGAAGACCUGCAGGGCCGGAACGAGGUGAUCCGGCAGGCAGAGCAGCAGGCCCGUGUGGCCCUGGAGAGCACCCAGGCCAGGCUCGAGAGACUGAGGAAUAAGAUUCUGCAGGCCGCCUUCAGCGUCACAGGGUUCAAGUCUUCCACCGAGAUCACGGACAGCGACAUCCUGGAAGCCCUGCAGAGGAUCAUCACCGAGCGAAGUGACUUCCACACCCAGUUGAAGCAGAAGGGGGUCAAGGUGCCACCCCUGCAGCAGUCAGAGACCACCCUGCCCAUCAAGUCCAAGAAGACCCCAUCCAAGUAGGCCGGCCGGGGCUGGCCCCCCGCAGCCGGGCGGGGCUGAGUCCCAAUAAACUCGGUGUUGACUGCA